AUUGUAAAUUACUAUCCAGCAGCGUGCGAGACCUCGCAAACAACGUGAAUCCUUUGCAUACAAGGACGCAAAACCCUCUCCUCUUUCUCUCUCUUCGACCCCCUCUCUCUCUCUAACUCUUCCUUCCUCUCUCUCUACACCUGCAACCAGCGGCUGCUCCGCCCACUGCGACCACCGCCUCCGCCUCUCCACGAGCUCCAAUCUGAGCCCUAGAUCUCAUCGUAUGGACGAUUCUCCCGCCAUCUUCACCUGAUCCGCCAUUCCUGACCUCUGAUCCUCUCUCCUCGCGAUCCGCCCCCCUCUUCAGCACCUCGGAUUAUUGAGGUGCACACAUGACAACUCAAGUUGUGAGAGUUCGAAGGGCUACUCUGGAAGCAUGUAUGACAUGUCCUCUUUGCAAGAAACUCCUCAGGGAUGCUACAACAAUAUCUGAAUGUCUUCAUACAUUUUGCAGGAAGUGCAUAUAUGAGAAACUAACUGAUGGGGAGGCAGAUUCCUGCCCAAUAUGCAAUAUUGAUCUAGGUUGUGCUCCUGUGGAGAAGCUGAGGCCAGAUCACAAUUUGCAAGAUGUUAGGGCAAAAAUAUUUCCUUUAAAAAGGAGAAAAGUUAAAGCCCCCGAAGUGCCUCCCAUUCCAUUGCCUGUGCGGAGGAAGGAAAGAUCGCUUUCUUCAUUGGUGAUCAGCACUCCCUGUGUAUCGACACAGACUGGUUUAACUGGGAGGAGAACAAAAGCAGCUGCAAGAAAGGCAGCUUCAUUAAGAGGAUCCAAUACUCCUGCUUCUGAUGAAGCCAUCAAAAGAGAGGGGGACAUUGCAGAGGACCAGUCAGAAAAAUCGAGUUCCCCUGAGCCUCUGAAGAAGAAUAAGAAGCAGCAGAACGCAUCAAGUGGAGAACCAUCAAACCAUGCAUGUAACAAUGAUACAGCGAAUGUGGGGGAUCAGAAGCUUGGAAAAGCUGGGCUUUGGAAACCUUUGAAUUGCUUAGUAGAAGCUGCAAAUAGAACAAAAUCCCUUGAGUCCAAUACGGCGGCCUCUGCUAUCAAAGUAGAGGAUCCUGGUAGUCCUGCUAGUGAAGAACCUGCUCGCAAACCUAAGGUUAGGGGGUACAAUCAUAAAUCAAAAAUUAAGGAAGAAGAGAAAAACACAGGGCCUACCCAAUCGGGACCAGGGAAGGGUAGAAAGGCCAACGGGGUGGCAAGGAAGAGGGCAUCUGGUUCGAAAGAGAAGGGAAAUAAAGAUCAAACCUUGUUUACUGCUGCUUGUGUGAGAUGGGACCGAAGAACUGAUCCAAUUUGGUUUUCCCUAGUGGCUUCCGAAAAUCAGGAAGGUGAUUCCCCGUUACCACAGAUUUCUACAUCGUAUUUGAGAAUAAAGGAUGGAAACAUACCAGCUUCAUUCAUCAAAAAGUACCUUGUCAAGAAACUUGACCUCAAGAAUGAGUCUGAGGUAGAGCUCACUUGUCGUGGUCAGCCGGUGGUCCCCAGCUUGGCUUUGCACAGUCUCGUGGACUUGUGGCUACGCUCUGGUGGAGGCCAACUAAGAGCACCGCCAUCUCCAGGCGCUUCAGCUAAGGAUUUCAUGAUGGUCUUAGUCUAUUCCCGCAAGUCUUAAUUUCAAUUUUUAACUUAAAUUCAUGUAAUUUUACUCAAUUGACCUUUCAAUAAGCCCCCUUUACCCCAGUAGAAUCAGAGUGUCAAGAAUUAUGCCUUAUGAGAAUGUGCUUGUUGUGUGUGUGAACUUGGUUUCAAUCUUGGGCGGGCACUGAUACAGUGCCUUGCAGACUUGGCCCAAAAAUAAUUCAUUGUGGCUUUCUCUCUACACAUUUAAUUGCUAAUGCUGUUCUGCAAUAGGGGAAUCAUUGUUGAGGCAACUCAGCUUUCA